UGAAGUAUCAGCUGAUGUUGGUGUUUUUGAUGGAAGUUGCGGUGGGAGCUGAGCGGGGCUGUUUAUUCUCCUCAGCCCGAGAGAGAGCACUCAGCGCCGGACACGCACCGAGACACAGCACGGCUACACGCGGCACAGCGGCAGCGCGGAGCGGAGCGCCGGAGGAAGCGGAGCGGAGCGCUGUGUGAGGAGGAGGAGCGCGGUGUCGGAGCUGUCUGUCCGCCGCCACCGGAGCCGCUACUGCUGCUGCUGAACCCGAGCGGAGAAAAGAGAAAAACAACAAGGCGAGGCGGCGCAGGACAGCCGGAUCCGCUCACUUCGGACAGAUCACCAGUCGGAUCCUGCUGCUUCCGACCUCAGCGGGACGGAGAUAACCGCCUGGAUAUCUGAUAGGAGAUAGACAGAAAGAGCACAGCGCUGAAGUAGAGCGACAGGCAGACUGAGGAGUAACGGUGUUGUUUUUAUUGUUAGUGAGAAUCGACAGCUGACGUGUUUUCAGUUCAGGAGACGGGGCUAGAUUGCAUCAUCGGACUGGAUAUCUGGUUGUAAGUUUGGCAGAGCUCGACUUUGGAGUUCAGAGCUGCCGUGUAACAGCAGAUUUUCAGCGGGUUGUGUUUUAAACCUGUUUGUUGUUGCUUUGUUUCUUUUUGUAAACGCUGUUGAACUCGUGAGUCAGAUCGUCCAUAUUUAUUGUUCUGGUUUGGCAGUUAGGUUAAGUUAACAAAACUAACUUAAGCUAGGGUUAAGUUUACCUGUGUUUUUUAUUCAAGGUGAAGCUUUCAUAUUUAACUAGCUACUUAACCUAACACACUUUUUAAUGUGUUUUAAAGAUUUUUUUCGUCAAUUUCGAUUGUGUUUGGGUAGCUAGCUAACCUGGCUAGGUUAACCCAGCCACCUAGCGUUACCUUGGUAACUAGUUAGAUAGGUUAGCUAGCUAGGCUACUUUUUUCACAUUAUUUAUUUAACCAAUAAACUCGCUGACACUGUUGAACGUGGGUAAGAAAAGUUAGGAUGGUAUUUUAACGUUAACUUCGUUAAUACUGAAAGCCGUGUUGUUUAUUUAGCUUUGACAGUAUUGUUCACGACACAAGCUAACGUUAUCUAGUUAGCUAUACGUUGAUGUCUCUUAUAAGAGAGGCGGAGCUAAAAGCUGCUGCGUAACAACAGCGGGGUCUCUGUCAUCCGCUCAGUGUUAGUUAGUUAACUAGUUAGUUAGUGUGGAAGGACAGGUCCAGAUCUGGCACAGUCCGAGAACCCCGUUGAAAACCCAAUGCUGGAUCUGGAGGUGGUUCCUGAGCGAUCUUUGGGAAAUGAACAAUGGGAAUUCGCAUUAGGGAUGCCAUUGGCCCAGGCCAUUUCCAUCUUACAGAAGCACUGCCGAAUUAUCAAGAAUGUCCAGGUGCUCUACAGCGAACAAAUGCCACUCAGCCACGACCUCAUACUCAACUUGACUCAGGAUGGAAUUAAACUGCUGUUUGAUGCCUGCAACCAGAGACUAAAGGUAAUUGAAGUGUACGACUUGAGCAAAGUGAAACUGAAAUACUGUGGAGUACAUUUUAACUCUCAGGCAAUAGCACCUACCAUUGAGCAGAUUGACCAGUCCUUUGGCGCUACUCACCCAGGAGUCUACAAUGCUGCAGAACAGCUCUUCCAUCUGAACUUCCGUGGCCUCUCCUUUUCCUUUCAGCUAGAUUCAUGGAGUGAAGCCCCUAAGUAUGAGCCUAACUUUGCCCAUGGCUUGGCCUCCCUGCAGAUUCCUCAUGGGGCUACAGUCAAGCGGAUGUACAUUUACACUGGAAACAACCUUCAAGAGACCAAGGCUCCAGUAAUGCCCCUAGCCUGUUUUCUGGGUAAUGUGUAUGCUGAGUGUGUAGAUGUUCUGAGGGAUGCGACGGGGCCACUGGGUCUGAGACUGCGGCUUCUCACUGCAGGAUGUGGUCCAGGAGUAAUGGCUGAUGCGAAAGUGCGGGCCAUGGAUAGAAACAUCUAUUUUGGGGAUUCCUGUCAGGACGUCCUGAGUGCUCUGGGCUCUCCACACAAAGUCUUCUACAAGUCCGAGGACAAGAUGAAGAUCCAUUCUCCCUCUCCUCACAAACAAGUACCGUCCAAGUGUAAUGACUACUUCUUUAACUACUUCACCCUGGGAGUGGACAUACUAUUUGACUCUGUGACUCAUCUGGUGAAGAAGUUUGUUCUUCACACCAACUUCCCUGGCCAUUACAAUUUUAAUAUAUACCAUCGAUGUGAUUUUAAGAUUCCACUCAUCAUUAAAAAAGAUGGCACGGAUGCUCAGGGGGAGGACUGCAUCCUCACCACUUACAGCAAGUGGGAUCAGAUCCAGGAGUUACUGGGGCAUCCAAUGGAGAAGCCAGUCGUACUUCAUAGGUCAUCAUCUGCGAAUAACACCAACCCCUUCGGAUCCACAUUCUGCUUUGGGCUGCAGAGGAUGAUCUUUGAGGUGAUGCAGAACAACCACAUAGCAUCAGUGACCCUGUAUGGAGCCCCUCGUCCUGGAAACCUGCCCCGCGCUGAGUCUGGUACCCACUGAGCUCCCCCGUAAUCCACCCCGCCCCAUAGGGCCCACCAGCGCAGUGCGAUUUCUUUCACUGCAGCCGUAACACGAGCUAGAGAACCCUGUGAUGAGAGUUUUCUCUGAAGCACCCCGCCCUCUCCACCACCCCCACCAUCAACCCCACAAACCAUACACCCAUCCUAUUACCCGUCUGCUGCAUACAGUCAUGGAUGCUUCUGCCUGGUAACCCACACCUGACACACAGGCUGCUGAAAGCUCCUCCUGCAUCCCUCAUCCCUUUAGCCAGCAAAAUGUCCUGCAGCUGCAGGUUCAACCCACCCCACAUACAAAACCCCCAUAUUCCCACACACAACAUGGACUACAGAAGGCUUUCUGAUGAUUUGUACAUUUUGUUGCACGCAAGACACUGACACCAAAGGGCAAACGUUAUCUGCAUUUCCAUACCACCAUACCAUUUCCCAGUGCUGCAUUAAACACUUUAUACACACACACACACACACAGACAUUUACUUCAAAUCAGUUCAUUUCAGCACAGCAGUGGCCAGCACACGCAGAGGGUGCACUCAACAAAUCCCCCCUACACACAGAAAUACAAAAACUUCAGCAUUCAUUGCAUGAAAAAGUAUUGCUUUUUCCUUUUUCAUUUGUUUUAAAAUUAGGAGUGUGUCAUUCAGAAUUACAAGCACAAACAAACUGCACAGUAUGGGAGCGUACUGGUGGAAUAUCUGCUGCGAACAUGGUUUCUUGGCACAUGAGGUUUCUUGCAUACACACAGUCAGACCUGACACACACACACCAGUUCAGUACAUUACCUCCAGAACUUCAGCUUAAUGUUAAGUUCUCCAUUAUCUUUUAAUAUUUUGCAAACUAAGCUGAUUAGCAUUAUUAUUAUUGUUUUUAUUAUUAUUUUAAACAUUUGCACUAAAGAAAACCACACCUUAUUUACUUGACAAUUGUCUUCUAUUCACUGAAGACUGUUGGGAUUUCCAAGUGCGAGAGGGGAGAGUUGCAAAUGAUGGAACUGAGGGAAUUGUAUCUUGUGGAAUUCAACGGUCUUAACGCAGAUCUUCUGGCGAGACAAAAAAAAAAAACAGAAAAGCCAUUGAUCCUUCACUUUCCGCCACCUUCUGGAUCUCUGCUCAUUUACUUUCCGAACUGCCGGGGAUUUGAUAUCAUUAUUUUCUCUCUAUUGGUCUAUCUCUCUCUCUCAACUCUUGAUCCCUGCUUUGGAUAUUUAGUUUCAUUGAUUCUGAUUGCCAAAAUGUUAGCCAAAGAAAUACUAAGAGUUAUCUGUCCAUUUUAAAAUAUUUUCAUCAGACUUUGACCUUAAAGAACAUUCCCGUUUGGUUUGUUUCCGUUACUCCCAAGAUUUUUUUUUUGCUUUUGUUUUUACCACAAUCUUUUACUCAUUAAAUGCAUUUUAAUGGUGGAUAUGCCAUGUUGUGUUGCUCUGUGCUUUUUUUUUUUAUUUUGUGCUUUAAUCUCCUAGUUUCUGCUCUACAGAAAACGUCUGGUGUUGUUUCUGUACUAGGUAGAUGUGAGUUUUUUCGCAGCUCUCUGCUGCUGUGCUCCUCUGUGUAUGUACAGAUCUGUAAAUAGUGUUAUUUCCUGUUUUGUCUGUUUAAGCUCAUGGUACCAUAAUAUGGGUUCUGUUGAAAUUGAGUUGAAACCUGGAAUUCUCUUCUAAUGGUAAUUGUUAAAUAUGCUAUGUAUUGUCAUUUGCUAACCGAGAGAGUUCUGAGUUUUAACACAACACAACGUGGUCCUUAGAGGACACUGGCAGCAGCUAUCCGUUCUGUUUGUGGAGGAAAGAGGCCGUGCAUGACUGACUGUAUCACUGAUGGAGACUGAUGGCCCAAACACACUUCGCAACGGUGGGCAUGACUCAAGUGCUUACAGCACAGUUCGCGGUAUGAUCCAAGUUUGUUUCUAACUCUUACCAUCACUGUGCUGUCAGAGCCUUCAGAUGGACAGAUGAGUCCAUCGGUCAGCCUUUACUGAUGCUGAUCACUACGCUACUCCACUGCAUCUCCCCUCCAGGCUGCAGUGCGUGACACAAGCUCGUUCUGGGCAUUGUUAGUUCUCUUUUGCAUUAACUUGGUUCAUGAGUUGCAAUGAAAGGCUGCUGCUGUUGAUUCUGUUUUCGGAUUUUAUCAAACAAAGGAAAAUAAAACGACAAAACUUUUAUCAAAAAAAAAAAGCGGAAUCGCUGUUAACAUUGUGCCUCAUCUCCCACCGAGCCUGUCUUCUUCUCUGAGUUCUUCUCUGUAAAUGAAAUUGUUUGAACUGCUUUGUGUAUGGUUGAGCAUGUACAGCUAAACUGAUGGACUAUCAGUUUAUAGAUAGUCGCCGUCCUCUUGCUCCAGAAAUAUACCUAAAUAAUGAGGAAGUAUACUGAAAAAAAAACAGAAUCUGUCUCAUAGUCUGUGAACUCACUUCAUGAAGGGUUGUUUUGGUAUGCAUACUGUAAUAACACAAACAGCCAAAAAGGUCAUUGUUUUGGUCAGUGCAUGGUUGUUUUUGCCUUUAUUUGCGCAACAUUUGAAGGUUUAGCCAGUCCUGGACAGCCCUUCAUGGCCUGAGGUUCAUGCAAGUGGUUGUGAUGUUUCUGCAGAAUAAAAAAAACUUGCACUUUCCUUACAGAAAACUACAAAAAGUGUUUGAAAUUCCUAUGAAUAACUUUUGCAUUCAUAAAAGUGUAUGUUGGUUUGGCAACAUAUGGUCUGACCUUUAUAUGGUUAUGCUUUAGCUGUGUCUUCAGAUUUCUAGAUUUAAAUACUUCAAGUCCUGAAUGAGGACCUUCAUGCAACUUGAGUCUCCGUAAAGUUUCCGUAAAGAAACAGCACAACCACUGCAGUAGUAGCGUUUAGGGAAUGUUACUGUUAGAGGAGAGUGUGGUUUGAUGGGCUGAUUGCCUGCCCAAUUCUCAGGUGGAUCUUUUUUAAAUGCCAGGAGCAAGUGAAUGCUUAACUUUCAUCAUCUGGGUUCUGGCUUGUUUUCUUUCUUCUUCAGACUUUAUCCUAUUUUUGCAUCGAAAUGAAUGAACGAAUGAGUGAAUGAAUGAUUGUCCUUAAGAUUGUAUCUAGAAAUGGACAACCUCCAUUCAGUGUAAUGUGCAUAUUAAUGCUAUGUAUUGUACCCCUUAUAUAUUGUAUGUUCUUUUUCUCCCAUUCUAUCCUCCAAAGUGAUUAUUUUUUUGUGAAUUUAGUACAUUUGGCCCAUUUCUGGAAAUGGGAUCCUUAAUUAAAAAAUUGUGAAUCCAGAUUAACUGCAAUGUGGUGUUUUGUAUCUGAUAUUUUGUCAUCAAAGAACAUCUAGUUAGAAAAUCAGUAUUUAUCAGACAUGUUUUGUUGUAUAUUUUUGUUUGUUUAUUUGUUUUUAAAGCAAUAACUAUAGCUGUGGCAAAUAAUUCAAUGAAAGGGUCAGCUAUAAGCUUGCACAAGGCCUCUGAACCCAUGCAAAAAUGCUGUGACUAGUUUUUGGUUUUAUUUUAUUUGUUUUACCUUUUUUUUUUUUCUUCUUCGUCUAGUCUACUGAAACCACGAUAUUUGCAAUUUUAUAAACUGCAUUGACUUUUGUUCAUUAAACUGUUACAGUGUGUUCAACAAAAGUAAUAUUUGAAGACUGGAUGUAAUAAAUAUGGGGGAAAUUA